UCUUAUGUUGGUUGCACUUGAAGUUGGUAUUUGCCAAGAGCCUGCCAUUUUGUAAGAUAGAAGGGAGAUAAAAAAUAGUUUUAUGGUGUUAAAAUUUUACAAAAACUUCGUUGCCAUUUACAUUAAGGCCCAAAACAAAUGUUUAAAUGGACGCAUCGUCCAUUAUAACUCAGGUGUCUCGGGAUGACGAGCAAUUAAACAAUUAUGGAUCCGACAGAGGGUCAUCCCCUGGCGGGCAGCACAGUGAAGGUGAUGGCACGCCAGUGUCGUCGACACCCCUGGGCAGUAAGAAGUCCGGGGGUGGCGGAUUCCUGCGGUCGUUACUGUGCUGUUGGCGCGGUGGCCGCGGGAAGGGCCCCCCUGGCAAUGGCACGAACAGUGUGGAUGGCAGGGCUUCCCCGCCCCUGCUCAUCAUGGCAGACCAUGCCCCCCGACCACUGUUACCGCCAAUUAGACACCAGGAUAUGCAUAAAAAGUGUAUGGUGAUAGACCUGGAUGAGACGUUAGUGCACAGCUCUUUCAAGCCAAUAAACAACGCGGACUUCGUCGUACCGGUCGAAAUUGACGGGUCCGUGCACCAAGUGUACGUCCUCAAGCGACCGCACGUCGACGAGUUCCUGCGGCGGUGCGGCGAGCUGUACGAGUGCGUGCUGUUCACCGCCUCGCUCGCCAAGUACGCGGACCCCGUGGCCGAUCUACUCGACAGAUGGGGCGUGUUCCGAGCGCGCUUGUUCCGGGAUAGCUGCGUGUUCCACCGCGGCAACUAUGUGAAGGACCUGAACAGCCUGGGCCGAGAUCUGCGGCGCGUCGUUAUAGUCGACAACUCGCCCGCCUCCUACAUAUUUCACCCGGACAACGCGGUACCCGUCGCGUCGUGGUUCGACGACAUGACGGACUCGGAACUGUUGGACUUGAUACCGUUUUUCGAGAAACUGAGCAAGGUGGACAGUGUAUACACAGUGUUGCGUAAUUCCAACCACCCGUACAAUCCCACGCAGAACAACUCGCCGAGUACAUAGCCGGGCCCGUCGGCGCGCCGCGCCCGCA